UCAUCUAGGUUGGAGUGCAGUGGUGCAGUCUCAGCUCACGGCAGCCUUGACUUCCUGGGCUCAAGCAGACCUCCCACCUCAACCUCCUGAGUAGCUGGAACCGCAGAGUCAGCUGGAGCAUCCUUGCACGGGAGCACAAGCCCUGAAAUAAAAGCCUUGUCUGGGCUGGGCGCGGUGGCUCGAGGCUGUAAUUCCAGCACUUUGGGAGGCUGAGGCGGGUGGAUCACGAGGUCAACAGAUCAAGACCAUCCUGGUCAACAGUUUUGCAGCUCCAAAGAAUGGCAAGAGAACGCGCUCCAAGGUACAAGCCCUUUUCAAGCGUCUCCAGGCUUCACAAUUGUUAAGAUCCCGUUGACCAAAGCAAGACAAGGUGAGCAAGCCCAGAGCCCUCAGGGAGGGUGUCACACAAGGUGGAGUACGGGAGGGCGUGGACACGGGAGGCCUUCACUGCAAGAAUCUACCUUAAGGAGGUUUGUUACUGAGAUACAGUCUCCCUCUGUUGACCAGGCUGGAGGCCAGUGCACAAUGUCAGCUCACUGCAACCCCAGCCUCCCAGGUUCAAACUGUUCUCCUGCCUCAGUUUCCUCAGUAGCUGGGAUUAGAGGUGCCUGCCACCACACCCAGCUAAUUGUAUUUUUGUUUUGCUUUGUUUUAAUUUUUGAGACAGUCGCCCAGGCUGGAGUGCAGUGGUGCAAUUUCGGCUCACUACAACCUCCACCACCCACGUUCAAUCGAUUCUCCUGCCUCAGCCUCCCCAGUGGCUGGGAUUACAGGCACCCCCCCACCAAGCCUGGCUAACUUUUGUAUUUUUAGUAGAGACAGCGUUUCACCAUGUUGGCCAGGCUGGUCUUGAACUCCUGACCGCAAGCGAUCUGCCCGCUGCCUCCCAAAGUGCUGGGAUUACAGGUGUGAGCCGUCACACCCGGCCUCAAGUAUGUUUAUGGACCUUAAAUCAAUUUAAUUUAGAUUCUGAGCACUCAAGCAUUUGGGCUGGUGAGAAGCUCAAUCCUGAUCUUUUUUUUUUUUUUUUUCCGGGGCGGGGGUACAGGGUUUCACUCUGGUUACCCAGGCUGGAGUGCAAUGGCACAAUCUCAGCUCAACGCAACCUUCACCUCCUGGGUUCAGGUAAUUCUCCUGCCUCAGCCUCCUGAGUAGCUGGGAUUACAGGCACGUGCCACCAUGCCCAGCUAAUUUUUGCAUUUUUAGUAGAGACGGGGUUUCACCAUGUUGACCAGGAUGGUCUCGAUCUCUUGACCUCGUGACCCACCUGCCUGGGCCUCCCAAAGUGCUGGGAUUAUAGGCGUGAGCCACUGUUCCCGGCCCUCCUGAUCGUUUUUAGAUGUUUUCACCAAACUGUACCUGGCUAUGGCCGUGUCGUGGGGGACCCUGCGGUUGUUUGCUGAUUGUCCACACUGGGCAGAAGUAUAACUUGGUGGGGGGUAUUGUGAAUAGAAGGAUGAGUCAGUGCUUUCCCUGAGAACAUUCUCCAAAAGCAGCACUAGGAUUUACUUUGCAUGGCUUGGGUUUCCUGGGAAGCCAAACCUGAGUUAGAGAUUAGUGUGCAAGAGAUUUGUUAGGGAACACAUAUGAGAUCACCAGUUAAGCCAGGAGUGCUUCAAGAAGCCCUUGAAAGUCUGGUGGGGAGGAAGAAGAAAUGAGAGGUUUCUCAGAGUAAAAAUUGGUCUGAGGCCAGGCAUGGUGGCUCCACUUUGGGAGGCCAAGGAGGGUGGAUCGUGAGGUCUGGAGUUCAAGACCAGCCUGACCAACAUGGUGAAACCCCAUCUCUAUUAAAAAUACAAAAAUUAGGCCGGGCGCGGUGGCUCAAGCCUGUAGUCCCAGCACUUUGGGAGGCCGAGGUGGGUGGAUCAUGAGAGAUCGAGACCUCCUGGUCAACAUGAUGCAACCCCGUCUCCACUAAAAAAAAAAAAAUACAAAAAACUAGCUGGGCAUGGUGGCGCGUGCCUGUAAUCCCAGCUACUCAGGAGGCUGAGGCAGGAGAAUUGCCUGAACCCAGGAGGUGGAGGUUGCGGUGAGCCGAGAUCGCGCCAUUGCACUCCAGCCUGGGUAACAAGAGUGAAACUCUGUCUCAAAAAAAAAAAAAAAUACAAAAAUUAGCAGGGCGUGGUGGUGUACGCCUGUAAUCCCAGCUACGCAGGAGGCUGAGGCAGGAGAACUGCUUGAACCGGGGAGGUGGAGGUUGCAGUGAGCCAAGAUCGCAACAUUGCACUCCAGCCUGGACCACUGAGCUAGACUCUGUCUCAAAAAAAGAAAAAAAGUAUGGGCCAUAGUCCAACAGCACAAUCAUCAUCUGAGAACUUGUUGGAAAGGUAAAACGUAGUGUCAGGCCCCAGCCAAGCCCUGCUGAACCCGAGUCUGCAUUUUAGUAUAUUUUAUUUUAUUUUUUGGAUGGAGUCUUGCUCUACUGCCCUGUCACGCUGCAUGACCUCGACUCACUGCAACCUCCACCUCCCAGGUUCAAGUGAUUCUUCUGCCUCAGCCUGCCAGGUAGCUGGGAUCACAUGCAUGCAUCUUUGCCUGGCUAGUUUUUGUAUUAUUAGUGAAGAUGGGGUUUCACUAUGUUGGAAGGCUGGUCUUGAACCCCUGAACUCAAGUGAUCCACCAGCCUCGGCCUCCCAGAGUCCUGGGAUUACAGGUGUGAGCCACCGCGCCUGGCCAGCAUCUGCAUUUUAGCGAGAUAUGAUUUGUAUGCUCACUAAAGUGAGCAGUGCUGGCCUAGCACAUUUUCUGGAAUGUAGCUCACAAUGUAUUUUGGUGAAUCCAGUGAAACUGACAUUUUUAAUAAGAAAAGAAAAAGAAAUCAAGGUUGUGUCCUGGCACCUCACCACGUUCUUCUGUACUGGCUCUUAAGCCUUGCAUUAGAACCUCCGUGGACUGUCCUCGACCAACCUGAGUCUGGGCCUCAGAUCUGAUUUCAGGGGUUCAGAGAAGGAGGUCUGUCAUCUAUGAAUUUUGAAAUGUCUCUCCAGGUUAAGCUCCCCGUUAAGAUUCCCUGAUCAGGCAGGACAGGGUACUUAGCUGCCUCAUACAAAGUUAAUUUUUUCUUUUUUUGAAAUUUUUCUGGUGCCGUGACUCGGAAAGUUAAUUUUUUUAAUUGAAACAAUCUCUUGAGAUAUAGUAUUGGCUAAGAAGUGAGCCUUGGCUAGGCGUGGUGGCUCAUGCCUGUAGUCACAGUGCUUUGGGAGACCAAGGUUGUAGGAUUGCUUGAGGCCAGGAGUUUGAGAUCAUCCUGAGCCACACAGUGAAAACCCUGGCUCUACCAAAAAAAAAAGAAAAGGCUGGGCAUGUUGGCACAUGCUUGUAGCCCCAACUACUUGGGAGGCCCAGGAGUUUGAGGCUGCAGGGAGCUAUGAUCGUGCCUCUGCACUCCAGCCUCGGUGACAAAGCAAGACCCUGUCUGUUAAAAAAAAAAAAAAGGAAAAGUAAAAUGUGACCCUUGUCUGUAUUUCAGAAGCACAAGGGAAAAGGGGCCGUAUUUGGGCCCUGGGUUCCUCCCCAUGGCCUCCAGGCCUGGAGGACUGUGGUCCUUCUGGAAGUGGCCAGUGUGGCAUUCCCCUGGUGCUUGGAGGACCCAAGGAACUGCUCUUUCCAGCGUCACACCCUGUCCUGCACACACCCCUGCUCAAACUCUGGCCACCAACCCAAGCACAGCUUGCCGUCCAGGCUUGCUCAAUUCCUCUGCCUCCUCAGGCAAGAAUGGCUGGAAAAAGUGACAGGGCAGGGUUUCUUGGAAAGCAGUGUGGCCUGCAUCAGCAUUAAUGAUUAAAACGUGUCCUCGUGUGGCAAUUCCCCAGCAGAGAGCACAUUCCUAAGCUAUUUUAACUCAUCAGUUCAGAAAUUCUAGAGUUCCUGUCCUUAGUUCUUGAGGUCUGGAUGCUUUUUUUUCCAGAGGAUCCAAUCCAGAUUAGAGGGCUUCAAAAGCCACAUAAAUUAUCUACCUGUCUAUGUCAUCUAUCUAUCCAUCUAUCUAUAUACCUAUUAUCUAUGUAUCUAUCUAUCAUCUACCCAUCAUCCAUCCAUCAUCUAGCAUCUAUCCAUCCAUCUAUAUACCUAUCAUCCAUCCAUCAUCCAUCCAUCUGUAUGCCUGUCAUUCAUCUAUUGUCUGUCAAUCAUCUAUUUACCUAUUAUCCAUCUAUUAAUCUAUAUAUCUAUUAUUUAUAUAUCAUCUAUAUAGCCAUCUAUCUACCUAUUAUCUAUUUAUCAAUAUACCUAUCAUCCAUCCAUCAUCUAUCCAUCUAUUUAUAUACGUAUCACCCAAGCUUCUCUCAUCUGCAAAUCAUCGAUCAUCUAUCUAUCCACAUAUGUAUUAUGUAUCAUCUACGUAUCUAUCCAUCUGUCUAUAUACUUAUUGUCUAUCAUCUAUCUACCUAUUAUCUAUUUAUCCAUCUAUCUAUACACCUAUCAUCUAUUAUCUGCCUACCUACCUACCUUUUAUCUGUUCAUCUAUCUAUAUACCUAUCAUUUAUCCAUGUAUCUAUAUACCUAUCAUUUAUCAUCUAUCAUCUAUCUAUCUACAUAGCUAUUAUCUAUUUAUCUAUCAUCUAUCCAUCUGUCUGUAUACCUAUCAUCCAUUUAUCCAUGUAUCUAUAUACCUAUCAUUUAUCCAUCUAUCAUCUAUCUAUCUACAUAGCGAUUAUCUAUUUAUCUAUCAUCUAUCCAUCUGUCUGUAUACCUAUCAUCCAUUUAUCCAUGUAUCUAUAUACCUAUCAUUUAUCCAUCUAUCAUCUAUCUAUCUACAUAGCGAUUAUCUAUUUAUCUAUCAUCUAUCCAUCUGUCUGUAUACCUAUCAUCCAUUUAUCCAUGUAUCUAUAUACAUAUCAUUUAUCAUCUAUCAUCUAUCUAUCUACAUAGCUAUUAUCUAUUUAUCUAUCAUCUAUCCAUCUGUCUGUAUACCUAUCAUCCAUUUAUCCAUGUAUCUAUAAGCUAUUAUCAUCAUCUAUUUAUCUAUAUACCAUCUUAUCUAUCUGUCUAUCUACCGAUCUAUCAUCGUUAUCAUCAACUAGACAUACAUAGUGGUAGAGAUACUGAAAUUACAAAGUAAUUCAGCCUUGAUUUAGAAAGUCUGGAACACAUUGAAAACCUUUACAAUGUUGCUAAAGUUCAGUGGCCAGGACCUUCUCAGAGUUGUCAGGGUAACAGAAAAGGCCAAGAUCAGGCUGCCUCAUGGAAUCUUAGGAACAUUGACUGGCUUCGUUUUGCUUCUUAGGGCCACAGGAGCAGGCCACGUGUCAUCUCAGACCCUGUCCAGAGGAAGGUACUUUCCCAGAGACAACAGGGUCCUGGAUUGUCCUACAUAUGCUGACUUUUUUCUUCACCAGUAAACACACACUGUAAUAAUGAAAAGGGGGCGAGCAUGACUGACUCCAUCCUAACCUCCCUACAGUGACACUUUUUAGCUUCCUCGCUUUUGCUUUUCUCUGCCUGUAGGCCAAGCUAACUACGGGAAGAAUUUAGUUUAUAGUUUAACUGUAUUUUUUAAACACUUUUUAUUUAUUUUUCUUUUUAGCUUUUUUCUUCUUUUUCUUUUUUUGCGUGAUCUGUACUUUUUUCCAAUAAUUUCUUUUUUCAGAUAGAGUCUCCCUGUGUUGCCAAGGCAGGAGUGCAGUAGCACGAUCUUGGCUCACGAUCUCUGCCUCCCGGGUUCCAGCAAUUCUCCUGCCUCAGUCUCCUGAGUAGCUGGGAUUACAGGUGUGCACCAUGACACCUGGCUAAUUUUUGUGUUUUUAGUAGACAUGGGGUUUCACCAUGUUGCCCAGGCUGGUCUUGAACUCCUGACCUCAGGCAACACGGCUGCAUCAGCCUCCUAAAGUGCUGAGAUUACAGGCAUGAGCCACUACCACUGACCAAGAUGGUUUUUAUGUUUGUUUGUUUUUUGAGUUGGAGUCUUGCUCAGUUGCCAGGCUGGAAUGCAGUGGCACAAUCUCCGCUCACUGCAACCUCCACCUCCCAGGUUCAAGUGAUUCUCCUGUCUCAGCCUCCUGAGUAGCUGGGAUUACAGGCAUCUACCACCAUGCCCAGCUAAUUUUUGUAUUUUUAGUAGAGACAGGGUUUUACCAUGUUGGCCAGGCUGGUCUCGAACUCCUGACCUCAGGUGAUCCGCCCCCUUGGCAAGAUGGUUUUGAGGACACUAGCCUGGCAGCUUGUCAGUUUGCUGGCUCUCCAAAACAAAGUCGUCUUCGUUGCCCCACAGCUUGUUUCUUUACUUACUGGCUGCUGUGCAGUAAGCAGCAUGAGCUUUGGGCUUGGUAUACAACUGACUAGUUCCACUUUGAGGAACAUCUCACUAAAGUGAAAGAUUCAUCAAUUUUAGCCCAGCUAAUCAUUCUCAUUAUGUGUUAACUGUGCUAAGCCUAUGAAACGUUUCUUAUCACUGAACAGAACUCUCAUUUGUAUGUUUUUGUUUUUGUUUUUUUUUUUGAUAUGGAGUCUUGCUCUGUCCCCCAGGCUGGAGAGCAAUGACGCAAUCUCAGCUCACUGCAUCCUCUGCUUCCCGGGUUCCAGCAGUUCUCCUCCCUCAGCCUCCUGGGUAGCUGGGACUACAGGCACACGCCACCACGCCCGGAUAAUUUUUGUAUUUUUAGUAGAGACGGGGUUUCACCAUGUUGGUCAGGCUGGGAUCGAACUCCUGACCUCAUGAUCUGCCCGCCUCGGCCUCCCAAAGUUCUGGGAUUACAGACGUGAGCCUCCGUGCCUGGCCUGUAUUUGCUAAUUUAAUGAAAUAUUUAAGUAAUAACACCAAUGGCUACAGUGACAAUGGUGACCUAUGAUUGUGAGGUCUGAUGAUGCUGAAGUUAGUCUGAAAUCACUGCUGCAUCAGCUGAGAACUAAAAGCUCAGACGUGAGGCUGGGUGCAGUGGCCCAUGCCUGUAAUCGCAGCACUGUGGAGGCCGAGGCGGUAGGAUCACCUGUAAUCCCUGAGCAGGAGUUUGAGACCAGCCUGGUCAAUGUGGUGAAACCCUGUCUCUACAAAAAAUACAAAAAUUAGCCGGGAAUCGUGGUGCGUGCCUGUACUCUCAGCUACUCAGGAGGCUGAGGCAGGAGAAUUGCUUGAACCCGGGAGGUGGAGGUUAUAGUGAGUUGAGAUCGCGCCACUGCGCUCCAGGCUGGGCGAAAGACCAAGGCUCCGUCUAAAAAAAAAAAUGCUCGGUGCGGUGGCUCACGCCUGUAAUUCCAGCAUUUUGGGAGGCUGAGGCAGGCAGUUCACCUGUGGUUGUGAGUUCGAGACCAGCCUGACCAACAUGGAGAAACCCCAUCUCUACUGAAAAUACAAAAAUUAGCUGGGCAUGGCGGCGCACACCUGUUAUCCCAGCUACUUGGGAGACUGAGGCAGGAGAAUCUUUUGAACCCAGGAGGCAGAGGUUGUGAUAAGCCGAGAUCAUGCCACUGCACUCGAGCCUGGACGACAAGAGCGAAAAACUGUCAAAAAAAAAAAAAAAGUUCAAAUGUGGCCUUUGAAGGGUGUGUUGGGCCUGUGAGUAAAGAGUGUAUAAAACGUCUGAAAGAGUAGGCUGUUCAAAGGUCAAGUUCGUGAAGUUGAGCACUGUCUGCAUGUGUACAGCUUGCCCUUUGCCUGUACCACAGUCUCUUCAAAACUCUUCUUUCCAAUGGCAGGGUCUCCCUCUGUCGCCUAGGCUGGAGUGCAGUGGCAUAAUCACAGCUCACUGCAGCCUUGACCUCCUCGAGCAAUCCUUCCACCUCAGCCUCCCGAGUAGCUGGGACUACAGGCGUGAGCCACUACACCCAGCUAAUUUUUAAAAUUUAUAUUUUUAGAGAUGGGGCCCCAUGAUGUUGCCCAGCUGGUCUGGAAUUCCUGGGUACAAGUGAUCGACCCACCUUGGCCUCCAAAAAUGCUAUUAGGCGUGAACCACUGCACCUGACCUCCAAUGACUUCAAAAUUCAGAACGUUACCUUUCUAACACGGUAACACUUUCUGCCUCAUAGGAUGUGUGGUCAUUAUCAAGAAAGGCAGUCAUGGUGAAGAUUUCUCGAAUUUCUCUUUUUUUUUUUUUUUUUUUGC